CAUUGGCCAGUUUCCUGCAGGACAGCCACCUUUGGGCUCUUCGGGGAGUCACAUUGGCAUGAAUGACCCUGAAGGAUUUAACCAAGGUGGGUUUGCAGAAACUGAUAACCAAGAUCAUGCACUCCACAUAACUCCAGUCCCAGUUAGCUAAACUCUGCAUACUGUGCCCUGGUGGAAGGUGGGCAUGCAUGCGUGCGUGCGUGCGUGCGUGCAUGCGUGGGUGUGGGUGUGGGUGUGUACAUCUACAGGAAAUUGGGUUUAGUGCUGAGAGAAUUUUUUUUUUAAUUUUAUUUUAUGUACAUUGGUGUUUUGCCAUGGGUGUUGGAUCCCCUGGAACUGGAAUUACAGACAGUUGUAAGUUGACCUGUGGGUGCUGGGAAUUGAACCCGGGUCCUCUGGAAGAGCAGUCAGUGCUCUUAACCACUGAGUCAUCUCUCCAGCCCCCAGAGCUCUUGUUGCAUGGCUUCCUGAAGCGGCAUGAACAUGAAGGAGCAGUCCACUCAGAUGAACCUGGUGAACCAGUGAGCCUUCUGGGGUCACUUAAAGGAGCUUCCGGCUACAGCAGGCAGUGAGGGCCCCACUGCGCUGUGGAUGUACAGCUUGCAGGCAUCUCCACUCACGACUCUCCUUUACCCCAGUCAAGUCUCAUGUAGCCCAGGCUGACUUUGAACUGAUCCUUCUGUCUUCAUCUCCCUAGUUCCGGGUUCGAAGGUGUGUUACAUCACACCUGGCCAGGAGGCUGCGCCAUCUUUUUUUAAUUAAUUAAUUAAUUAAUUUCUUUUGACUGCUUUUAUGACCUAGGGAAGAACUUCCUGACAUUUUAGGGUUGUCGUUUUGUUUGAUUUUCUGAGUUUCCCCAGCAUGCCCCCCCCAGUCUCCCCCUCCCCUUCCCGUUUCCUCUACCAGCUAAAAUGCCCCAAUUUGGAGAAAACAACUGCAAACACUACUUCGUUUCAUUUGGGUCUAACUUUGGAAAAGUCAGAACCGCCAGGGUUGGGGGACGCUCUUUCUCCAAGGGUCGCUCAGGAAAGAGUAAGAGGGUGAGCCGUUCCGCCGGCAAGGGGCGCAGGCUGGUCCAGCGGGGCCUGUGACCACCAUCCUGCUCCCUCCCUUUCCGGCCUGGCGCUCGUAGCUGUUGCCAUAGAGACGGAGCUUGGUUGGCAACCGUCACUAGGGAGCGCGGACAGAAGACGCCCGGCGGCUGGGGAGUCCCGGAGGCAGGACGACCCAAGGCUUUGGAGGAAGGAAGAGGGCGCGCCCCUAGGAAACUACAGGAUGUCAGAUACAGAAGAAAAUCCCCCAGAGGAAACAGGAGAACGUGUAGACACCGAACAAGAAGAGGAAUAUAAUCCAAGUUCUGAAGAAGAAAAUCUGCAGCAGAGUCUAACGGAAGAUACAGUGUCAUGGGAGGGGCCUCAGGAGGAGGAGGGGCAAAUAGAAGAAGGAAAGAGAGGGGCGGAAGAGGAAGUGAGAGGGGAGGAAGAGGAAGUGAGAGGGGAGGAAGAGGAAGUGAGAGAGGAGGAAGAGGAAGUGAGAGGGGAGGAAGAGGAAGUGAGAGGAGAGGAAGAGGAAGUGAGAGGGGAGGAAGAGGAAGUGAGAGGAGAGGAAGAGAGAGGUGGGGAAGAGGAAAAGAGAGCGGAAGAGGAAGAGAGAGGUGAGGAAGAGGAAAAGAGAGGAGAGGAAGAGGAAGAGAGAUGGGAGGAAGAGGAGAGAGGUGAAGAAGAAAAAGGUGAGGAAGAGGACAAGGAGAAAGAAGAGGAGGAGCAUGAGGGGGAGAGGCAGGAGAGGAAGCAAGAGGAGGAGAAAGAGAAAAAGGGAGGUCCUGGCAUAAAACAAGUGGCAAAGAAGUCCAAAAAGCCGCUCAGCUUGGAUGACAUUAUCAUCAGCUCUGAGUCCUCCACAUCCGCGUCUUCACUGACUGAAACCUCAGAGAGUAACGAGUCGACCACACACUCCCAAAGUCCCGAAGUAAGCGAGAUCUUCAGAGAGGUCGGUCCGAAGGUUGAAAUUACUGAGGCACCUGCCGUCAGGCCUGAGGAGACCGAGAUGGAGUCUCUCAGGUGGAAGUUACUGCAAGAAGUUAAAGAGGAGGCUAACAAGGAGGCAGAAGUUUCAGCCCCAGGUCAGAGAGACAGAGAGUCAAGAACCUCUGGAAAGCUGUCCUACUUCCUCUCGGAAGAAGGACAGAUAUCAUCCCAGUUCAAAGGGAGUUCCAAGGCGUCCAUGGUGUCCACCUCCACAGAAGACACCUUGUUCCAGAAGGAAGAGGUCUCCAAGGUGUAUCCUUUGACCAUGACCUGGUCCUUUGGCUGGAACAGUUUCCUCCCCGUCUACUACAUCCGGGAUAACCAGAGAGUCAUCCUCUACGUCUGUGCGCACACGGCCAUCAUUUACAACGUCUUCAGGAACACACAGUACCACCUUCAGGGCCACCCUAACAUCAUCUCCUGCCUCUGUGUCAGCGAAGACAGAAGAUGGAUUGCCACAGCAGACAAAGGACCAGACUGCCUCAUAAUUAUAUGGGACUCCUUCACAGGAAUCCCUGUGCACACCAUAUUUGACAGCUGUCCAGAAGGUAAUGGCAUAAGAUCAAUAGCCAUCACCCGUGAUGCCAAGCUUCUGGCUACCAUCUCAGAUGCCGAAAUCCAGAAAGUGUGCAUCUGGAAGUGGACGUUGGCAGUGGAGAAGCCUGCAUGCACUCUCGAUCUUCCCAAAGAGUAUGGUUUCCAGAACUACCUCACCUUCAACCCCAGGAACAACAAAGAACUGGUGAGCAACAGCAAGACACAGACCAUCUUUUACUCCUGGUUUGAAGAGAAGGGUAUCCUGGCUCACAGUGCCCCGGUUUUAACAGAGAAAACAUUCAACAAACUCGUGGGAAAAUUUAGCCAGUCCAUCUUUCACUUGAAGUUAUCGCAAAUACUGUCAGCCACGAAGGAAGGGAAGCUGGUUGUCUGGGACGUCCACUACCCGCCAUCGUCCUCCUCCGUGCCGGCCCUUCCUUUCAUCAAGCCUUGCAAGCUGGUCCAUUUACAGAAGGAAGGCAUCACUGUCCUCACCACAGUUGACAACUACAUUGUCACAGGUGACAUUAAGGGCAACAUCAAGUUCUACGACCACACCCUGUCUGUCGUCAACUGGUACAGUAACUUCAAACUAGGUGCCAUAAGGACGCUGUCCUUUUCAAAGGCCCCAGCAAGUCCGCCUACCGAGAAAUCCAACCUCCCCAUAGACUGCACUUUGAAAGGUGACCUUUUCGUCGUCCGGAAUUUUAUUAUCGGAACAUUUGACGCCACGGUGUACCACAUGACGGCAGAUGGCACCAGACUCGAGAAGCUCUUUGUGGAGCCCAGGGAUGCCGUCUAUGCUAUCUCCUGCCACCCGUACCAACCCCUCAUUGCGGUUGGAAGUGUCUGUGGGAUGAUCAAGGUGUGGGACUACGAGAAGAAGAUGUAUCUGUUCAGCAGGGCCUUCGAGAAGGGGCUUGGAGUCCAGAGUCUGACCUACAACCCCGAAGGAGCCCUGCUUGGAGCUGGAUUCACCGAGGGGACAGUUUAUAUUCUGGACGCGAUGUCUUUAGAAAAUGAAAUUCCAGAGCCCUUCAAAUAUUCCAGAACGAGCGUGUCUCACGUCAGCUUCUCGCACGACUCCAACUACUUGGCGACGGCUGAUGUCAGUUUCACCGUGGCCGUGUAUAAGGUGGUGGUCAUAGACGGACAGAGGGUCUGGGAAUAUCUGGCGAGACUCCGCUCUCAUCAUAACAGCAUCCGAAGCCUCCUGUUUGGUGUUCACCUGGAUAGCAAUGAACCCAGGCUGCUGAGCCUCGGGAAAGACAGGUUCCUGAUAGAGUACAAUCUCAUCAAGAGCUACAAAGACCACCUGGAAGUCCUGGACAUUCACCGAACGGACCAGGGGACCUACCCUACCUGUAUGAUCUGGUACCCGCCGCUCACCAAGGAGCUCUUCCUGCUUAUCUGUAACAGCUGCUACAAAGUGAAGCUUUUCAAUUCCACCACGAAAAUGUGCAGAAAGACACUUCUCGGACCUGCUUACGGGUCUCCUAUCGAGUACACCCAGGUGCUCCCUGUAAAGAACACAUUCGAGCUGCAGAAACGCCACUUGGUAUUCAUCAACAAAGAUAAGGUCGGACUCCAGAUCUUACCUGUUGACGGCAACCCACACAAAACGUGUGCUAUCAUUUGCCACCCAAGCGGGGUAGCUGGCAUGGCCCUUUCCUAUGAUGGCCGCUAUGCCUUCACAGCAGGAGGCGAAGACUGCUCAGUGGCACAGUGGGAAAUCAACUUAAGUGCCCUGGAGGCGGCUGUUUCUCUUGGGGGUGAAGACUUGACCCCGUUCUACGGUCUGGUGGCUGGUGGCAGGGAAGGAAAAUUCUACAGGGAGCUGGAGGACUACUUCUACUAUUCUCAGCUCCGCAGUCAAGGUAUCGAUACGAUGGAGACCAGGCAGGUGUCAGAACACAUCUGCCUGUCGGAGCUCCCCUUUGUCAUGAGAGCGAUUGGUUUUUACCCAUCAGAGGAGAAGAUUGAGGACAUGUUUAAUGAGAUCAAGUUUAGUGAAUACGUGGACACUGGGAACCUCAUCGACAAAAUCAACUUACCGGAUUUCCUCAAAGUUUAUCUGAAUCAUAGGCCACCUUUUGGUAACACCAUGACUGGCAUCCAGGAGAGCUUUAACAUACUGGGUUUCAAAAAUUCCGAAGGGAAAAUGGUUAUUCGGAGAGAGGAUUUCCUGAACUUGCUCCUCACUAAAGGCGAGCACAUGACAGAGGAGGAGAUGUAUGACUGCUUUGCCACGCUGUUCGGCCUGAAACCUGAGGGGUGGAAAUUGGAGCCUGCAUCCACCUCCGUCAAAGAUCCAGAAAUCUGCCUCGAAGAAGAACUUCCAGACGAAAUCACUGCAGAAAUAUUCGCGACUGAAAUUCUUGGCUUAACCAUUUCUGACGGUUCCGGACAGUUGGAUCAGUGAGGUCACUGAGAACGUUGGCAGCACAAAGGACUUUGUGGGUGCUUGCGCACACAUGUGCGCGUUUUCCAGGAGGUGUUCCUUUGUUCUGUACAUGCCUGCCUCCCCGCACCCCCGCCAUCCUUUUUAGAGCCUUUAGACAUUAAAAGCAGAUUCCUCUUAGGCGAUGGAUCUCACAAAGUUGGACAUUGUACUGUCUGUGAAAGAAACGAGUGUGGGCGAAGGAGAGAACGGGCCUGGCAGCUGGAUCCCCAGGUCUGAUGUGGGGGGGGGCAGGGCGGCGCUCCGCCAGUGGCAGGCCUUCUCAUGACAUGUAUGCUUCAUGGAAGUCACCGUCAGCCACUCAUGCCCUUCCUCUGGAGUGCUGUCUGUACUGCUGGCCCCAGGAGGGGGGUGUUCUGGGCUCCUGGGAGUGCCAGCCUAUUUUUCUUUCUCAGCAAAACACCCAAGCCGUUGUGUGCGGCCGUUCCAACGAGCAUCACUGGCCAUGCUGAACUCUGGUGGCAACUGCCAAAGAAAAUGCAGAAGCAAUCUGAGUCCCCCUCGACCUGCACCUGGGCCAGAAGCCACAGAGCCCCCGCUCCUUCGUGCUGCAACUGACGAGCCUUGCCUCACCUCCCCACCCUCCGCUGGACCACCGCCGUGCGCUCAGCGGGCAAAACCGGGGACAUUGCGGGACAUCUUUCGGUUUACAGUGAUGUUUUGUUCCUGCCCUCUGGCCCAACACGGGAGAGCUAUGGUCUGCUUUUAGAGUUUGCCCUCGGUUCUAAGGUCUAGUUCUAGCAAGUGUCCCCCCCCCCCCGCCCCCCAUCACAUUCAGUCCAGUGUACCUGCCCACCCCUACCAGGGCCUUUUCCUUAGACAGCAUUAAGGAAGUAUUUCUCUUUUGAGGAGUGGGGUAAACAUUUUUAAAAAUUACUUAUUCUUAUUUUAUGUGCAUUAGUGUUUCUCCUGCAUGUGUGUCUAUGUGAGGUUGUCAGAUCCCUACAACUGGGGCUACAGGCAGUUGGGAGCUGCCACGGGGGAGCUGGGAACUGAACUCGGGUCCUCUGGAAGAGCAGACAGUGCUCUUAACUGCUGAGCCAGCUCUCCAGCCCUAAGGGAACACUUCUGAUCCUUUAAAGAGCCCUUUUCCUGUAGAGCAUGAGAGAGACAGUGCUGCAUCUGCACCUCCACGCGGGCACCAAGCCCUCUCCUUAUGGGUGUACAGUUGCACGUCUGUCUCAGUGAGAGUCUUCGCAAUAGUCUGGAAUGAGGAACAGAACCAUCUACCCCACACCAUGCUGUGUCACGGCGACCUUGGGGCAGGGGGCAGGAGGCACGGUUCUGCAGACACCUGCUUGUCGGAGCAUGUCACUAGGACUUUGCAACCUGGUUUAUAUUUUGUUCUUUUAAAAAAAGAAAUCAUGGAAAAGGAACACAAGCUUUAUGAAUCGAUUUUGUAGCGGCUAAGGGCCUAGGAGAUAUAUUACCAAGCUGGUUAAAAAGUUCCUGGGGACAUUUUAGGGAACAGGAAACGGGCAAAUAACUUGUUCUCUUAAAAACAACAACAACAACAAACAACCUGGAACUGAGUACAGCAUGGAGACCAGGCAGGACUUCGCUUUCUCCAAUCUGGCACCUUUUAAUCUUGCACUUCCUGACUGAAUCUAUUGCAGUGGUUGUCAUGAGCAAAACUGUCAGUGCCCUUGAACCCACCGGGGCUGGUGCCACCAUCAGAGGCAACUUGGGAUGAUCUCUCCGUGUUCAUCCAGCCAUAGAGAAGGAAAACCAAGGUCCUAGUUAUGGACAUUCCUCCAGGAAGGCCAAAACAGCCAGGGACAGCAGAACUGGUUGCAGCGCCCCACUCUCUCCCUCCCAGUGUGCCAGGGGGACCCUUCAACCUGGGACACUUCCGGCAGGAGACUUCUUGUGGUUGUCUCUUGGUAUAUUUUGACCGAGGCAGUCAGCAGCUUCAGGGCACUUGAGUAAAGGAAGGGACAGGCCAGCACCAUCACCCUGGCCCGCUGGUCCUGGGGAUGGGGACAGUGCAGAGAGGCUCAGAGGGCAUAGAGCUUGUCUGUUGAGAUCAAAAGGACAGAAAUUUGAACAUCGAAAACGUUACCGGAAUGUUCCUUUGAAAAAUGAGGCUUCUGCCUAGGAGGCUGUAUGUUACUAUAAGAUUGUGAACUCACAGUCCCAUAGUGAGUGAUCUUCCAGAACCACCUCUCCUCCCCAAUGCCCACCCCACCUCUCCAUCCGGCCACCCAUCCCCAGCCAGCUCUGAGAACUGUGAGCGCCUGGCCCACGCUGCAUUUGCACUGGAAACCCAGGGACUGGGUCCCUGGUCUGCUUCUGAUACUUUGUAGCUCUGCUUCUGAUACUUUGUAGCUACCUGUGCUCCCUUGGGUGUGGUUAAGCCCUUAAACCUCAGUUCCAUCCUGGAAUAGCUCCGGGAGGUUUGUGAGGAUUCAAAGAGAUGGAACAAGUAAAGCAUUCCUGGCACAGGGUACCGCUCCCAAUACGACAGCAGCUAUUAUUACCGCAGGCAGAAACUGUACUGGAGAACUGAGAAGUUGCCCGACCGGACUUAACUUCUCCCGGGACUACGGUUUGAGCAUCAUAACAUUCCCACCCUGAAGGCGGUCUCUCUUAGGUUAGAGCCUGGGUCUGCAAUAUUUGUAGAAUGACUGAGUGCACCAGAAACCUCAGUAUCCUUUACUGCUUGCUUGCUUUGCUUUGUUUUGUUUUUUGUUUGGUUUUUUUUUUCCCCAAAACAGGGUUUCUCUGUGUAGUUUUGGUGUCUGUCCUGGAUCUCACUCUGUAGCCCAGGCUGGCCUCGAACUCACAGAGAUCCACCUGGCUCUGCCUCCUGAGUGCUGGGAUUAAAGGCUUGCGCCACCACCGCCCGGCAACUGCUUAUUUAUUGAUGAUGGCUUUUAGGCAGACGUUGAUGUAGAUGAGGAUGGCUUCCAACUUGUCGUGUAGCUGAGGAUGACCUUCAACUCCCCGUCCCACUGUCUGUAUGUCAUGUGACACUACUGGGGAGAUGUGAAUAAACAUCUACUCAAUUCAAACAGGGGCCAAAGUCAGGAAGGCACCACAGUCCAAGGUGGAGAGCCGAUGAGUUUUCCCGGGGUCACUUACAGGGACAGAAAUGAUUUAAGGACAGCUGCACCACCAACGCCCACCCCAGCAUGGGGGACAGCUCACCAAAGCUGGGAACCGGGAGCCCGCUGCACAGCCUGCAGGCGGCUCAGCAAGCUGCAGAGUGUCUCUUUGAGGCAUGUAAGUUGGUCUAAGCCGUUCGAGCCGGCUCUGUUUGUCUCAGAGUUUGCCCAGCAGGCCUUACUGCUCCUAUAAUCUGGGGGAGGGAGGAGCCUAGUGAACCUGCUCAGUUUCAGGGACUACCUAAACCUUUUGAGUUGUUUUCUUCCUGUGCCUACGGAGCUUCCCUGCAGGAACGUCUCACCUCCCCUUGGAACAUCCUGUGUCUUAGUGAACUUCCCAAGAUGGAAAGUUUCUUGUUUUGUUUGCUUGUUUUUGUCUUUCAAGACAGGGUUUCUCUGUGUAGUUUUGGUGCCUAUCCUGGAGCUCGCUCUGUAGACCAGGCUGGCCUCAAACUCACAGGGAUCCUCCUGGCUCUGUCUCUCCGAGUGCUGGGAUUAAAGGUGUGCGCCACCACCGCCUGGCCUAAGACGGAAGGUUUUAUGUCAGAGAAAAUUGCUACACAGCACUCACAAGUGCUGGAUGACAGUCAUGUGCCACCAUCCACAGCCAGUUCUUCCAUGUCCCUUUAAUAGCUUUUGACUUGAAGUGAAUGUCGGGUCCUCCCAACCCUCCACCUCAGAGUUGGCAAAUUCUUCAAGGGGAUUCCUUCAGGCCCGUGGUCUCUAUCUCAGUUCCCCAGACCUUAGGCUGUAGGGCAAGCAUAAGUGUGGACAUUGUAGAAAAGAGUGCCCGUGCCAGGGAACCAACCCAGCUUUAGUGACAGUCACGAGAAUUUGGACUCUAUGACCCCCGCAUGUGAUAGCAUUCUCCUCUUAGUGUUGUUCAACCAUUUUGAAAAUGAAAAGGAACAUCUCUUAGCUUUCAGACUGGACAAAAGCCGACAGUAGCCUUGGUUUGCCCACAGGCUGGAGUCUUCCCACUUCUGCCUUGCUUCAUAGGCCAAGUCACUCACCCUAAGAGAUCAUCACAACGAUACUGAAUCUAUACAAAAUACCCGACAGCCUGGUGUGGUGGUGCAGGCCUGUAAUCAUAGCACUUAGGAGGUAGAGGCCGGAGAAUCAGGAGUCCAAGGUCAUCCUUGGCUACAUAGUGAGUUUGAGGCCAGCCUGGGCUACACAAGACCUUGUCUUUAUAAUAAUAAUAAUAAUAAUAAUAAUAAUAAUAAUAAUAAUAAAUAACAUAAAAGCAAUACGUGCCCAUAUCCUACAAAAGAUGUUAAGGUUGUAACAAACAAAAGACAAAGGCCAGAUGUCGCAUGGCCGCCUGCAUCUGUCUGCUGACGUAGCUUGGAGAACCCAGGUGACUGAAGGAAGCUCAGCGCUUAGUUAAUAGUGCCGAACCAGUGGUCAUUCCGCGGCUUUUGCUCACCAACCGUGGUCCUCUCUGUAAGACAGUCACGUUAGGGAAGCUGGUGAAGGGUCUGUGGGGACCCUCUGCACUGUCCUCCAAUCCCUCUAAAUCGAAAAUGAUUUAAAAAUGGGGGCCAGGGGCGGUAUUUUAUUUUUGCUGUGCUGUGAACUACACUCGGGGUCUUGCCCAUGCCAAGCAAAUGCUCUGCCGCUGAGUCACGCCCCCAGCCUCUACAAAAGCCGCCUUUGCUGCUGUGUCCCGGGUCUUACUCCAGGGAACAUUCCCGAGACCACUGCCCCCCACCACACCCGACACCCCUGUUCUCCGACACCCCUAACCCAUCCUAAGCAGGCUGAGAGAUGGUGCAAACCAAAAGGGUUUUCUGGGAGACCUUUGCAUCCUGGGGCUGUCGCUCCUGGAGUCACAGGUGCGUUCGCGGUGAGCACGGUCUCUAAGGGUUUGGCCGGCAGGUCCCGGGAGGCAGCUGACUGCAGUAAACAGAGGCCUUGGGAACCGGUAUCUAGUUACCACCCUGUGUUCAUGUCAUUUAACUACCCUCUGCUAUCUCUGCUUGCAGGAGUACGAAGGAGAAAAGGAGGGGUCAGGGAACCGGCAUUCGGGUGCACACCUGUAAUCCCAGCAGUCAGGAGGCUGAGAACCAUGUCGGGCAGGUCGGUUCGAGCCGAGACCAGGAGCCGGGCCAAAGAUGAUAUCAAGAGGGUCAUGGCGGCUAUCGAGAAAGUGCGCAAAUGGGAGAAGAAAUGGGUGACUGUUGGCGACACCUCCCUACGGAUCUAUAAGUGGGUUCCUGUGACGGAGCCGAAGGUUGACGAG